UCUUUACCAUUCACAUGAAAGUGAGAAAAUGGAUCAACUUCAAACCUAGGAAAAUUCAGUUUCUCUCUAUACCUGAUAGCUCCUUUGUUGCAUCAAUAAUCAGGUCAGUCUCCUUCUCUUUCUUUCUUUCCCCUUCUUGUUUGACUGUUUAUAUGUACCUCCGAAUCCAAUGCUUCUAAAGUUCUCAACUCUAAAAUUUUCCAACAAACUCCCUCCGUGCCUCGAUUUACCUGGGCGCUACUUCUCCAUUGCUUACGCCAAUACUCUCCAACUGAAGCCCGAAACCGAUCCCACCCCUCCAUAUCUUGACGAUUUUGAAGCAAAGAUUAGGUUUUUGACGAAUAAUCUAUACCCAGAUAACUUAAUCAGGGUUUUGGAUAAUACACACGAUAUGAACUCAGCUGUCAAGAUUUUCAAAUGGGCUGCCCUACAGAAACGCUUUAACCACACCGCUGAUACCUAUUACCAUGUCAUUUUGAAACUGGGUUUGGCUGGAAAUAUCAAGGAAAUGGACCAUUUGUGCCUAAAUUUGGCAAGAGAUAAAUGUGUAGGUACGGAGGAGGGUCUUGCUUCUUUGAUUGAUUCAUUUGUUAGACAUUCUAAGCUAAAUGAGGCAAUUCGGGUUGUUGUGAAUAUGACAUUAGGUGGGUAUAAUCCCUCUAUUAAUAUAUUUAAUGAUUUAUUGGGUGCUCUUGUUAAAGAGAAAAAAGAUUUCCAACAUGUGUUGUUUGUUUAUAAGGAGAUGGUGAAAGUAGGAGUUCUACCCACCGUUGAUACUUUGAACUCUUUGUUGGAGGUUUUGUUUGAGACAAAUAGGGUUGAGGCAGGCUUGGAUCAGUUUAGGAGAAUGAGAAAGAAGGGCUGUAGUCCUAAUGUUAGGACCUUUGAGAUUGUUAUAAAAGGUCUUAUUUUGAAUAGUAGAGUUGAUGAUGCAGUGCUUAUUUUGCAUGAAAUGUUGGAGAUAGGGUGUCAGCCAGAUCUAAGUUUCUUUACCUGCACCCUGCCAUUGUUUUGUCAAGAGAACAGACUGGAAGACGGAGUUCAUCUAUUUAGGCUGAUGAGAGCAUUAAAUUUAGUGCCAGAUUCACUAAUUUGCAGAAAUUUGAUUCGUUGUUUAUGUAUGAACCUUCUUUUAGAUGAUGCAAGUGACAUUCUUGAAGAGAUGAUAGAAAUUGGUGAGAUUCCUCCUGUUGAUUCAUUUGUGGACAUAGUUAAUGGAUUUUGUGAAGGGAAUAGAUAUAGUGAGGCAAUACAUUUCUUGGAGAAUAACUGUGGUAACUUAAGUUCUCCACAUAAAGCACUGCUUGGAGGUUUCUGUAAGACUGGUAAAUUUUUUCUGGGAAAAAGUCUUCUUGAGAAGAUGUCUGAGAGAGGCAUAGCUGAUUGUGAUUCUUGGAAUAUUUUUAUCAGAUGGAUUUGUGAGAAUAUGGGCAUCGAUAAAGCUUAUGAGCUUCUUGGAAGAAUGAUUGUACAGUCAGUAGUUCCUGAUUGUGGCACAUAUGCAGCUCUUGUGGUAGGUACUUGUAAAUUGAACAAGUAUGAGGAUGCUUUAGAGCUAUUUUAUUACACUCAUUCCAAAUUAUGGGUUUUGGACCCUAUAUGUUAUUCUAGGCUAGUUGAAGGCCUUUGCAGGGUAGAAAAGAUUAAAGAGGCUGUUGAAGUAUACUAUAACAUGUCUAAAAGUGGAUGCCUCCUUGAAGUCACCACAUUCAAUAUGUUGAUCAAGGCUCUAUGUGAUGUCAGAAAGGUGGAUGCAGCAGUCAAGCUGAGAUCAUUGGCUUAUUGUUCUGGCACUUCUUGCACUAGUUUGACUUACACCACUAUCAUGCUUGCCUUGCUUAAAUCAGAAAGAGCUAAAGAUGUCUUGGUAAUGCUUUCCCAAAUGCUGAUAUGGGGUUGUACUGUUAAUUUAGAAGCAUAUUGCAUCCUCAUACGAAGUAUGAGUGCCCUGAAUCGAUUUAGGUAUUGUGCACUAUUUUUCAAGUUAAUGCUUAAUGAAGGUCUGCUGCCUGAUUCGGAGACAAUGCAUGAUCUUUUAUAUUGUUUAAGUAACCAUUUUCAGUUACAUUUGGUAUUAACAGAUAUUGAUAAAAUUAUUUCUAGAAGGGAAAUUCUGGAUUCGGCCAUAUUUAAUCUUCUGAUUAAUGGCCUCUGGAAAGAAGGUUGCAAGAGUGAGGCUCGUCUUUUGUUAGAUUUGAUGUUGGAAAGGGGUUGGGUUCCAAAUGCUACAACUCAUACAUUGUUGAUUGGAUCCAAUGUCAAUAAGGUAACAAGCAGGGGAACGUCAAUUUAUGAAAAUUCAAUGGAGCAAGAUAAUGUUAGCAACAUUCUUGCUGAGGGAUUGGGGAAGUGAUAAAAAGCUUGAUUUUCAAUAUGGUUUUCUGAUCGGGCCAUGCAUCCAUUUUUUGGUGGUACAUUCUGUCCCUAUUGUAAAAUUGCAGGUCAUGCCCUGAUUCUUACCCCCAGGAAGAUCAAAACUAAAUCAUGACCUAGUUUCUGGCUCUGGUAGGCACUGUGUGAUGCAUUUGUCUUCCAUGGCAUUAGAAUUGUGGUCAUGCCAGGUGAUGACUUCUAUUUUGACAUGGUAAUGGAUCCAUCUGAUAUCAACUGGAACAUUAACUACUGAAAAGAGGCACUGUCCAAUUUCCAACGCUGAAAUGGUAGCAGCCUCAAAAACCAUGAGAGAUCUCUGGUGAAUGAUAUAACCCUCAGAAUACCAUGACUACUUUGGCUAUAUAUGAUUGAUUGGUUCCACUACUGUAUGAAGCUGGACGGAAAUUCUUCCCAGCUCCUCUUUCUUUCCCAAAGUUACGAGGGAUAUAAUUUGCCGGGUAAAAGACUACUACUAACGAAGCUGAGAGCAAAAUUGAGAAAUUGCAGAGCUGAUUGGGCUGGGACUGCCGUCCAUAUGUGCACAAUAGCCCCUUUUGUCCGGGGUUCUGCCCCAUUUAUAAUCCCCUUUCGGUAUAGGGGACCGCAACCACCAAUACUGCUGGCUGCUAAUACAGAUAUUGCCAUUGCCAAGCACUCUUAUCUGAAGGUUUUGUUUUGUUUUGUUUGUAUUUUUUUUGUUAUUUUUUUGUUUUUCAAGAGGGAAACGAAGUUCAAUUGAGUGCUACAGCCAGAUAAGAAAGUAAACAUAAGUAGUAAAUUUAUGGAGAACUAGCUUGGGAUUUGGCAUGAGACGAGUAAUGUAAAAUUGCAUACAUACUCUGUAUUGAGUUCAGUUACUUAGUAGUAUCUCAAACGGUUUCAAAAUUCAAUAAAUCAAUGCCCAGAAGGAUCCCGUCUAUGAAGAAUUAACAGAGCACUUGAAUAGAAACAAACUUCACAGAUUUGAACGAUUGGAAGCGACAAUCAGCUGAAGAGAGGGGCCGAAUCAGGAAAGAAAAGGAAAGAACUAAAGAAACUGUGUAAAAAGACUUAAGCAGCAUAUUACAGCACAAAUGUUACGUGGUCUCAACCGAAAAUGUUUACAUGAUUAAAGAAUUGAAAAGUACUAUUACUUCU